GAGCCUGACUGUUAUGGUUUUCUAUUUCAUAAAUUGGAGAUAACAGAUUAACAGAAGAAGUUACCUGACUCACUGACUGACGGACUGACGAUCGACUCUGCUUUCUCACUUUUUCACUUUUAAAAAAGUCCAUGGAUAGAUGAGUUUGGAUUUCACGUUACUUUAUUUUACUCGGAAAGACUUCAAUCUCAUUCCUGUGAGGAAAAUUAAGUGUGCUGAUUUUUGAGUUUGGAGGAAAAAUUGCAACUUGGGAGCGGCCUGACGGUGGAGGAGGGGGAACAAAGCAGCCUUAGGUGGUGUUGGAUACAUGAAAAGAAAGAUCUGAUCCACAGAGAAAAUCAAGAUAUCAAGAUUCUACACAGGCCACCAGAAGCGGUGGAGUAGACAAGGAGGAUGGAGGAACUGAAAUACAGAGGGAAGAAGAUUGAAUCGAGACACCGGGAUACAUGGGACCCGUUCCAGCUGAACCCAGUAGGAUCGGAGAAGGAACAAAAGAGAAUAUGUUUCCAACUGGCCCAGUACCUGAUGGCUGUUGUUGUGGGGCUAGCUGUCCUGACCAGUGCCGUCGUUGCAAAGGGCUCUCUCUUGGUGUUGUCAACAUUGUCCAGUUCGCACUCAUUGCGCAAAGAUAAGGACAAACAGUUCUACAUGCUGAUGUUGGUUUUCUGCCUGGUCUGCCCCAACUUCCUGGUGUUUCUGAAAUCCCUGUGGAAGUGUGCCUUCAAGAGCUUCGUGCAGCCCAACAUAAGGACCAUGUCUUUUGUUUGUGCCAUCGAGUGUUUGGUGUCUCUUGGCACUUCAGUCCUGGUGCUCGUGGUUAUGCCUCAGUUUGAUGUGUUGACUAACCUCUUCAUCAGCGGAGGAGUCUGUAUCAUGUCUGCUGUUCUGCAGAUCAUAUUUAGACUACAGAGAGAAAAAUGGAAAAUCCUAUUCCCAGUCUGCUCCCUCAUUCUUACAGUUGCAGGUUACUGCCUCCUCAUACUUGACUACUAUGUCCGUGUGACAUCAUAUGUGGACAGACAGAGCGAGGACUGCUACAUCUACAUUGCAGUUGGAAUUUUUGCUUCGCUCCUCGUCUCCCUCUGCUGGUGGGAAAACCCACUGCAAGCCACUAACAGCAUGCAGGAAAAGUUGUCAGAACUGGACGGCUUCAGGGACUUUGUGUUCGUCAUCAGCAGUAUCUUGAGGAUAAUAGUGAUAGGAGGCGUAUACCUGUUGUACCAUGUGCUAAUUGAGAAAUCUAUAAUCUGGAAGGACUUUAACCUGGGGAGUGAUGACUGUGAAAUACUGAAAAUAGGACUGGGGCUGUUUUUCUUACAGGCCUUCUGCUCUGCAGCCUGUCACUGGUUCGGUGUGGUGGCCUGUAAGAUCCACGCCGUCAAGAUGAGUUUUGCACUGCCCGUGUGUUGCACUGGACCUGCAGUGCUUCUGUUGGGACUGAUACUUCUCAUAACAGAGGCAAAACAACUGGAUGGAGCUGACCACGGGAACAUAACAGAGUUUUGUGAAAGCUUGGUGUUCUUGAGGAAUAAGAACUCAACCCCUGUGGUUUUACUGGAAAUCACAAGAAGCAUUUGUCGCACUUCCCUGAACAGCUACUACCUGCAAUGGCCUUUUUCAAUGCUGGCACUGGAGGGGGUGUGUAUCUGGUCGGGCUUCGUCACAUGCACCUACUAUGUUUGGAAGAUGGAGGUCCAGCGUAUAGAGAGAACUUCUCAGCUCUUUGUUCGACGCCUUUAUGAAUCUGCAUUCAUUGACCAGUCUCUGCUGCUAAACACCAAGAUGAAGGUGCCACGAGCCAAAAACCAAGAGAGCCAUGAUGACUUACAGAGCUGUGUGAUCUACCUCUGUGCCACAAUGUGGCAUGAGACCUACGAUGAAAUGCUGAAGAUUCUCACUUCCAUGUUCAGGUUUGACCGUUAUCGAGGCGAUCCGAAGGAGGAGCAUAAUGACAUGUUUGACUUUGAGUGUCACAUUUACGUAGACGACGCCUUCAUGACUGACGAGAAGACAGGACAGAGACUGGUUAAUUCUUAUGUUGAGGACCUGGUUCAAGUUGUCAUAGAGGUUUACAGGGUAUUUACCAACAAAGAACCAGAUGAUGUGUCCAUCAUUCAGGCUCCAUAUGGUGGCAGGUUGAUGUUUGUUAUGCCAGAAGGCAACAUGCUUUAUGUUCAUCUGAAAGACAAACAGCUCAUCAGGAACAAGAAGAGAUGGUCUCAGAUCAUGUAUCUGUAUUAUUUACUGGGCUGGAAGGGCUACAUCACCAAGAACCCUCAGAAGAUCCAACGGCAGAAUAAUCCCUGCAGAGCCAGUUUGUUCUCUUUGGAUGGUGAGAGUUAUCUAUUGCCUCAACAAGAAACUGACAACAAAAGAAAGUUCAUCGCAGACGACCACACAUACCUCCUGGCUCUGGACGGAGACACUGAUUUCCAACCCAAAGCUGUGAUUCUGCUUGUAGACAGGUUGAGGAUGUAUGAAAACGUUGGUGCAGCAUGUGGUAGAAUCCAUCCUACUGGAAUGGGUCCCAUGGUGUGGUACCAGAAGUUUGAGUAUGCAGUAGGCCACUGGCUCCAGAAGACAGCUGAGCAUGUGUUCGGCUCGGUACUGUGCAGUCCAGGAUGUUUCAGUUUGUUUCGAGGGUCUUCCUUGAUGGAUGACAAUGUGCUAAAGAGAUACACAACAACUGCAACCAGAGGUUCAGAAUAUGUGCAGUAUGACCAAGGGGAGGAUCGUUGGUUGUGUACUCUGUUACUGCAGCAAGGAUGGCGUGUGGAAUAUAAUGCGGCAUCAGAUGCGUACACAAACUCUCCACAGGAAUUCAAAGAGUUUUAUAACCAGAGGAGACGAUGGGGGCCUUCUACACUGGCUAAUACACUGGAUCUUCUACAUAGUGGUGGAGAGACAGUCAAGAGAAACACCUCCAUCUCUGGGCUUUACAUCUUCUACCAGAUGUUUGCUGUCGGUUCCUCCAUCCUUGGUCCGGCCUCUGUGACUCUGAUGAUAGCAGGUGCUUUCCAAUUCAUCUUCAAACUCGCUGGUACACUUUCCAUCAUCAUCGCAAGCAUUCCUCCAGUGUUCUACAUCAUCGUGUGUUUUGUAGCCAAGCCUAAUAACCAAAUCACCAUCGCCGCCGUCAUGAGCGUCCUGUAUGCGUUUCUCAUGACUGCAUCCUUUUUCUCCAUCAUUGGUGACAUGGUGGUUCAGGAGACCUUCCUGACCCCCACUGGCUUGUUUUUGGUUUCCAUGGCAAUCAUGUACUUGUUGACAGCUAUGCUACACCCAGAGGAGUUUGGGAUGAUCAUCUAUGGUCUGAUGUAUUUCAUCUGCAUCCCCAGUGGAUACCUGCUCCUGACCAUCUACUCUCUGGUUAACAUGCACAUUGUGACUUGGGGCACAAGAGAAUCCAACAAGGGAGGAGGAGAAGCUAAGAAGAAACACAACGUUCUGUGUGACAGAAACUGUCGACUCUGCUGUUGGGACAUGAAGAUACAGAUUACGCAGGAAUCGGAGAAUCUGAUGUUUCAACAGAUCACAGGCCAGACUUCACAGCAGGCCCCACCUCUCCCGGUCACCAGCGCAGAAGUAACUCAUCCAGCAGAAGUAAAGAUUGCGCUUCAAGCCAUAGUGGACAAACGCAAAGAGGAUUCUUUGGUUGUGGAACAGGCUAAGAAAAAGUACAGGAAGGAGGGAGAAGGCAGUAAUGCUUCCUCUAGUAACAGUGAUGACACUGUCGAAAAACGGAGCCUAUCAGAGAGUUCAUUUGACGAAGAUGACGAGGAUGACGACUUUAUGAUCGAUAACAUCGAGGAUACAGUGGAGCUUCCUGUCAGCGACUGGGUGCAUCCUGUGAAAGAAGUGUUUUUAAAGAAGCUGACUUAUGCCAACAUGAAGAGAAAUCUUCAAGCACAAAUAAGAUACACACUCCGCAACAAGAAUCAGGACGACGUGUGUGAGGAUUUGGUCUUGAUGUUAACGGACACUCUUAACAGAGAGCUGAUUGGAGUGGGACCUGAAGAUAUUCUGUCAGAUAUCCAGCUGGAGGAGAUACGUUAUGCAUUGACAAAGCAGGCACGACAAUUCCUUAAGACCAGUCAAAUGAUGACUUUAGAAAAGAGAGUGAAGAGAGCCAUCGAGAAAACACUCACCGCCCCACAAGUGCAAAGACUAGAAGAGGGUGAGCAAGACUUCUGGGAAAAGUUAAUCGAGCGCUAUUUGAAGCCCAUCACUGACACUAAAGCACAUCUAGACGAAGUCACCAAAGAACUGAAGUCCCUUCGAAACAAGGCAGUCUUUCUGUAUUUCAUCAUCAACUUGCUGUGGGUGGUAGCCACCUUCUUCCUGCAGGCCAUAGGAACGGAUGUCCUCAGCAUCGAGAUCCCUAAAGUGUAUCCUAAUGGAUCUACUGCUGGAGAGCCUCUUAGGGUGGAGCCUCUCAGUUUGAUGUUCCUGUUGUCUUUUGCUGUUCUACUCAUUAUCCAGUUUCUCGCCAUGUUAUAUCACAGGGUCUACACUCUGAUCCACGUGGUGUCUUAUCGCAGCACAGAGAAGGACUACAGACAGAAAGACAAGGAGGAGGACGAAAAUGAUGAUGGCGUGGAGAUCAUUUCCAAUGGACUUGCCAUAACCGGAGAUGACUUGUAGUCAGUGACAACAGACUACAUCCAAUGAUAACAAAUGACCAGUGUCAACAAGCCAGCAGAUCUGUUAUCACCAAGGAGCUGAUAAUCAAAUACUUUAGACCCUAUAACAAUAUCAGCAUGUAGGGUACCCUGAUUGUAUAAACUGGUGAAUUAGAAAUCAUUCAUCAGCUACUCCGACUCCUUCAAAGUUAGAGUUGAAUAAGAUACAGUAACUAAGCAAAAUGGGAAUUUUUAAGAUAUCAGUAAUUUUGUCUACAGUUUUUAAAAAGUUAUUAUUUAGACGUUAGCUCAUGUUUUAUGAACUAGGAUGCAUUAGAUAAUUAGAAUUUUAUUUAUCCUAUUUGAAUGUGGUUGAAACCUCCAAGUCCAAGACUACAUAAACAUCCAUGACGUCAAAAUAUAUUGGGUGCAUUUAUGCUGAACAGAGAGCACAUACCAUUGUCCAACAAUUUACAGAUAAAAAUGUCUUCGUAUUAAGCGUACUUUACAAAUGUAUCUAAAAGUUUACAGAACAAUAGACUAGUUUUUCAUGUAUGUUUUUAAGAAUAAGAUAAAUUAGCUGGAUGAAGAUGAAAGUAUAUCAAUUUUAAAUGUCCAGGAAAAUGGAGUUUCUUGUUAAUGCAGGUUUUUUUUUUUUUUUUAAGUGAAAACAAAUAAUCAACUUCUUGAACUGUUUCUCCUUUAAACUGUGCUGGUUCCUCAUAGAUUUUAAAAUACAAUAUUUGCACAUAAAUCGUUGUGAGGAAUACCUUUAGAUUUCAAUGUCAAGCCUCAUAUAUUCGUACCCUGAAAAGUUUCUGGUUUAAUGCGCAUAAGAUUUGACACUUAGCUUUGUGUUCUCAUGGUGUCAGUAUCAUUAUGUUUACCAAUUUAACAACACACUUUACAGAAUCUUCUUGAAAAGAUUUCAAUCAAAUGUAAACUACUGAACUGAUUAAAAUCAUAGACUGUACAUCCAAAA